AUAUCUGACAUCAAUAUCAUCGUUUCAACUGGAUCAGGUACUGGCCUUGCUUCCGCGGUCUGGGAGCAGCUUGUAAAGCCGAUCUUUAUGCGUACCGGCCUUUCCGAAGAUCGCUACACAGUCCAUGAAACCACUUCGGCAGAAAGCGUUGCGCAGCUUGCCCAAAGUGUAAUCUUGCCGAUAGCCAACGACGGCAGACAGCAGCUGGUCGUGCUACUCAGCGGCGAUGGCGGAGUUGUCGACCUUGUCAAUACUCUUGUGACAGCCAGCCCAACCGUAGGCUAUCGCAAGCCGACCAUCGCUCUAUUACCGCUGGGAACGGGCAAUGCGUUGGCAAGUAGUGCAGUGGUUGCAAACGAUGAGACGUUGGGACUUCGGACACUGUUGUGUGGACUACCCAGACAGCUCCCACUGUUUCGCGCCACCUUCUCUCCGGGCGCGAAACUCUUGGUCAAUGAAGGGCGCGAGGAGCAGCCACUGCAAGGCGUCUACCACGGCUCGCCGGCCACAUACGGGGCAGUCGUGUGCUCCUGGGGCCUCCAUGCGACCCUUGUGGCCGACAGCGACACGGCAGAAUAUCGGAAGUUCGGGGCCGAGCGUUUCAAAAUGGCGGCGAACGAAUCACUCUUUCCCGCCGGGGAAUCAAUGCCGCAUGCGUACAAGGGCCAAGUAUCGACUCUACGCACCGGCGAAAAAGCAGAGUGGGAAAGGGUAGCUCGAAGCGAGCACGGCUAUAUCCUCGCCACUCUCGUAAGCAACCUUGAGGCCGCCUUCACCAUCUCGCCUUCAAGUCGGCCGCUGGAUGGUCAACUACGAUUGGUGCAUUUUGCGCACGUCAGUGGCAAGGAAGCGAUGGAGAUCAUGAUGGAAGCAUAUCAGGCAGGCAAGCACGUUGAAAAGGCAAGGGUAGGCUAUGAGGAGAUUGAGGCUGUGAAGAUUGAAUUUUAUGAAGAGGAGGGGCGGUGGAGGAGGGUGUGCGUGGAUGGAAAGAUCGUGCGGGUGGAGAAGGACGGGUGGGUGGAGGUGCGGAAGGAGACGGAGAAUGCGGUGGUUGAUCUCGUUGCA